AUGUUUGGACGUCGUUGUGGAGUAAUGGCAGCAACAGUACCACCACGAAUUUCAUCACCAUCACCACCACCACCACCACCACCAGUACCACCACAGUUGACAGCGUCGGAAACAACAGCAACUGUAGCUGCAACGGCACCAGAUGUACCAGCGGCAAAGACAGCAGUUUGUUUGUUGAUGAAUGAAAAGGGGAGAUGGCAAGGGGAGGUGAAAGAAUGGGUGGAAGGACAAGUAGAGAUUGUAGGGUAG